AUGAGACUCGCCUUCGAGACACUCAGGGAUGCCAUUAAGAAAGUGAUAGAAUUGCCGUUUUAUGACUUCAAUGAUACCAAACAAGUGAAGGCACAGACCAAGAACAGAGUCAUCGCCGAAAUGAAACAACCCCCAUUAGUUAACAUAAUGGGAAAGCAUCCCAACGGAAGCCAUAAGAUUGACGGAACAACUUAUAGAAUGGUUAAAGUUUUGGCUACAAAAAUGAAUUUCUCAAUCAAGUGGGAAGUGAUCGCGGAAUCAACCACUUUGGGUCGCCUGCAAAAGGACGGCUCGUGGACGGGAAUGAUUGGGUUCGUCAAAGACAAUAAGGUGGACAUCGCCGCCAACGGCUACUGGCGAACAGAAGAACGCAUGAAAGCCGUGUAUUUCACGUUCCCAUUCGACAAGGAGGAGAUGUCCAUGAUGAUACAGAAGACCAGCGAAGAUCAUAAAUAUCUCUUCUUAACCCCUUUUACUUGGGAUGCUUGGGUGAGUAUCUUAAUAACAGUUGUAGUGAUGGGACCAUUGCUAUGGAUUGUCCACCGAUCGAGUAAAUACUACGACUAUUACAAUAUGAGGGACAAUAAAGGCCUAUUUAAGCUGUCAAACUGCACGUGGUAUUGUUUCGGAGCGAUGGUACAACAGGGUGGAGACCACUUACCAAUGGCCAUAUCGGGACGAAUUCUGGUCACAUUCUGGUGGCUAUUUGUAAUCGUAACGGUCACUACCUAUAGUGGAAAUCUGGUCGCUCUUCUCACGUUCCCUAAGAUUAUACAUCCGAUUGAAAAUCUGGAGGAUUUGUUAUCGUAUAAAAGUUCAAUGAAAUGGGGAACAGAUAAGGGCGGAGCGAUGGAGGAACUGAUUGAGGGCGCAAAAUACGGACCACUCAAACAAUUGGCUGAUAAUAUGGACUUCUUUGUCAACAGAACCGAUGACCUCUACCGACGAGUCAAAGAGAGAGAACUGGCAUUUCUGGCCAGUGAUUCCGAAGUCCGUUAUCUGAUUACUGUUGACUACAAUAAAACUGAAAGCUGUGAAAUGAUGAUCGCAAAGGAACCCGUAUUUACCAGUUCUGUCUCUUUUGUCAUCAAUGAGAAAAAGCCCAAAGGUUUUAAGGAUAGACUCGACUACGAAGUCGGACGAAUGGCUAAAUCAGGACUCGUUAUUCAGUGGAAUAACAAAUUUGAAGUCCCGGGAAAUGAUUGUCUGCAUCCACUCGUCGUGCGAGCGGGAGAUGUGAAGAAGAUAGGAAUGGCUCAUAUGAUUGGGUGCUUUUUCAUACUGGGAAUAGGAUUGCUAUUAGGUUUGGGAUCGCUAUUCGGCGAAGUGUUUAAGAGUAAUAAGAGGAUGAAACUAACGGCCGGUGCCAUACAGUUCACUGGGAAACAACAUUUAGGCAAAUGGGAUAAACUUAAACUUUUCUACCAGAAGGUCAAUCAGGGAUCCCUCUAUAGCUCAUGGAUUAACACCACUAAUAGUCUGGUGGCCAAUACCGGGAGGAAUGCAACGAAAUUGCAGUUUAAUUAUCCCAACAUUAAGGCUGAAGAUGGAAGAGCACUGCCGGCCGGUUGGGGCGAUCCUAACAGAGCCCGCAAUUUCAACCCCCAGUUGGGAGUGAACGCCAAGAGAGCGCCGUCAGUGUUCGGCACGAGAGACCAACAAACGACUUAUAACAACAAAGAUAACUACAAUUACUUCAGUUACGAUCCCAUCAAAUCCAACUACAAGAACAACUUUGGCAUGCAAUAGAUAUGCUCACAAUAUCACAGCAUAUCUUAAUAACUACAGUACAGAAUCAUAUUUUAAUUAUAAUUUAUUAUACACUAUAUUCUGCUCAACACUAACUCAAC